AUGGGGAAGUUAUCAAUGAGUUUGGUCGAGUUGUCGAUAAAUUACACGGAGAUGAAACGCCAGGUCAACGCUGCCCAUGAUGCUACCUCCUCCGUCAUUGAUGAGGCCUCGACGCUCAUGGCGCAAAAACGGGAUAUUGAAACAAAACAACAGCUUGUCAAAUCGUUCAGGGAACGGUUCAUCUUAGCUGAGAAUGAGAUAGCUGUACUGGCUCUCACCUCGGAAGCGGUGGACGAUAAGUUCUUCUCGACAUUGGCCAAGGCUAGACGAAUUAGCAAGGACUGUGAGGUCCUGCUAGGCUUUGAGAAUCAGACCAUCGGCCUGGAGCUCAUGGAGCAGACAUCUAACCACGUUAACCUGGCAUUCCAGAAACUGUACCGUUGGAUCCAACGCGAGUUCAAGUCUUUGAAUCUCGAGAACCCGCAAAUAGGGACUUCAAUUCGUCGCGCAUUGCGCGUCCUUGCCGAAAGGCCGUCCUUGUUCCAGAAUUGUCUAGACUUCUUCGCGGAAGCACGAGAGCAUGUAUUGUCAGAUGCUUUCUUUGCUGCACUCACUGGGUCGUCUGUAUCUGGCGUUCAAAACCGGUCGGCCAAGCCUAUCGAGCUUGUAGCGCAUGACCCUCUUCGAUAUGUUGGGGACAUGUUGGCCUGGAUGCACUCCGCUGCUGUCAGCGAGAGAGAGGCAUUGGAGGUCCUUUUCGUUUCCGAAGGGGAUGAUUUAGCCAAGGGCUUGCAGGCGGGUCGGGAGAAUGAGGUCUGGAGACUCAUCGCCGAGGAUUCCGAAGACGCACCUGCAUUCGACGCUGUACAAGCUCUCAAUGAGUUGGUUGAUCGAGAUAUGUCUGGUGCUUCGCGAAUACUUCGUCAGCGCGUCGAGCAAGUUAUUCAAACCAACGAGGAGACAAUCAUGGCAUAUAAGCUCGCCAAUCUCUUAAGCUUCUACGAGGUUACAUUUUCUAAGCUAUUGACCCCCAAAUCAGUUCUAGUAGAGACUUUAGGAGGCUUGGAGUCUGAGGCGCUGCGACAGUUCCGGUCUCUCAUGCGAGACCACAUUGCUACCUUGCAAGGCGACUUUCAACAUGCACCCCAAGAUCUGGGACCACCAGAGUUCCUCCAAGAGGCUCUUCAACAGUUAACCGCCAUCAUGAGAACCUAUGAUACCUCGUUAGCUUCUCUCGAUGACCGGACCGCCGGCUUUGAACCAAUACUGGCUGAGGCUUUCGACCCCUUCAUGACAGGCUGUCGAAACCUCUCCAAGUCUAUGGGCUCUCCAGCCAGAUCAAUAUUUCUCGUCAAUUGCUGUCAAGCGGCUACAGUUGUCGUCGGGGCCUUCGACUUCACUCGUAAUACGACUGAGAAACUGCACCAGGAAGUUGAGACGGAAUUCGGGGUCUUGGUAGAGAGCCAGUACUUCUUCUUCCGCCUGGAGUCAGGGUUGGACGCUCUCUUCCAGAGCCUCGGUCCGCUGACGUCCAAGCCUGAAGAUAUUGGCCAGAUAAGACAGUUGGAACCUCUGCAGCCUGAUCGGCUCUCCAUUGCAAGCCAAACCCUUGAUGAGUUCUUGCCGUCAGCCCUUAUGGAUGCGAUGGAGAAUUUGAAGCGUCUUCAGGAUUCAACGCUCGCUAGAAAGGUCGUGGAAGAAGCCGCAGAGCGGUUCUGUGUCGAUUUUGAACAUGUGGAGGACAUUCUCAUGCUGGCAGAUGAAACCGCUGAGCAAAAUGGGCUCGCAGACAGCGAAACUGAAGAAAUUCAGAAUCUGCGUGCCGUAUUCCCUAGAACGAGUGGUGAGAUUCGGGUGUUAUUAUCGUAA